UUAGGGAGUCUGCUAUCCCGUGAGAUUUAGCGGGAGUGCGACUGUCCCUAAACAGAAACCAUGACAACAAGUGCUGCCAAAUAGCAACCACAGCGGCCAUGAUAGUCAGUGAAACAUUUUGAACUUCAGCGAAAAGAACUCAACAAGACAACCCGUGCGAAUUAUUCUUUUUAAGCGAAGUAGAACUUUAAAAUAAGAAAAUGGCUCUUCCAUUCCUCCCUGGAAAUUCUUUUACCGAUCCAACGAAAGCUAAAUUUCAUCGACCUCAGACACUUGGAUGGAUGAAUGGCUAUUCUGUGCCGACAGCCCCCAUUAUAGGUAUCGGUGGAGACCCGAUACCUGUUAAUAAACUAACACAGGAAGAACUAGAUGAGCUAGCAAAUCUCAAGCCAUCCUUGACAUACGGACAAAAGGUUCAGGCACCUCCAGAAGAUUUUGUUCCUGCUCAUGUUGCUUUUGACAAGAAGGUUUUACUUUUCUUCGCGUAUUUCAAGCAAACUGUGCAUGAAUCAUCAAACGAAUAUUACAGAGUUCGUCCAGUCAAAGUUUAUUACUAUUUGGAAGAUGAUUCUAUCGCAGUGGUUGAACCAGUUGUCAACAACAGUGGAAUUCCUCAAGGGAAACUCAUAAAGCGACAGCGUCUACCCAAGAAUGAUCUUGGCGAAUACUGGCAUUGGAAAGACCUUAACCUUGGAAUCAAUGUUACAUUUUAUGGAAAAGUGUUUCAUCUUUAUGACUGUGAUGCUUGGACAAAGGAAUACAUGGCCAGUGAGGGAAUAGAACUUAACCAGCCUGCAUUACCAGAAACAGAUCCUUACACUGAAUCCCGCAAACAGCCUCUUCGAAGCUAUAAGACACCUUCGUCAUUUGACAAACUAAAACAGUUCCUGGAACUGGAUAGAAAGGUCCUGAGGUUUUAUUGUGUCUGGGACGACAGGGACAGUAUGUUUGGGGAAAUGAGGCCAUGUAUCAUCCAUUACUAUCUAGUAGAUGACACAGUGGAGAUAAGGGAAGUUCAUACGGGGAACGAUGGACGGGAUCCUUUCCCUGUGCUGGUUUGCAGGCAGAGACUACCAAAAGACAGAACAAAAGUUGAAUCUUCUUUUCCUUCUUGUGUUUUGGAGUUAUCUGAUCAUGAAAUCAAAGACUGGUUCACACCCAGGGACUUUGUGGUUGGUGAAACUCUAUUUAUUUUGGGAAGAAGGUUCCUGCUCCAUGAUUGUGAUGAGUUCACAAAAAAUUACUUCAGGAAAACAUUUGGUAUUACUGACUUCAAUCCGGUUGAUGUGAAGGGACCUCCAAGAGAGCCUUUAGUUAAGGUAAGUGUUUGAUAAAACUGCAACAGUAACUUAACUUGAUUACCUGUCAUAAGGAAGGAAUAAGGGAUUUGAACUAAAACAUUCCACGCUUAUGAUGCAGUACCCUACCACAGAAGCCCUUUUUUGUCUCUGAUUGCCUUACUCAGUUGAACUAAUCACAUGACUGUACAUGCAUCUCAGCAACUGACCAGUAUUUGUGGCCUGAACCAAUACCAUGAACAUG